AUGUUCGGUUGGAUUCACGAGAGUUUCCGUCAACUGGUGAAUAGAAAGUAUGGCAAAGAGAUUUGGUUAAAAAUCGUGGAGUUGGCUAAGUUCGAAGAAGGGACUGAAAGCGAAAUCUCUCACUACUACACCGACGAAGAGACUAUGAGACUAGUGAAUUCCAUGGCAAACAUUAUCGGUAUUCCUGUGGAAGAGCUUUGGGAAGCUUAUGGUGGUUUUCUUAUUCAGUUCACCAUGGAAACCGGAUGGGACGAGCUAUUACGUGCCAUGGCAAGUGAUUUGGAGGUGAGAAUGGAGGCAGAUAUGAAAUUAAGUAAUCAGCUAGCGUGCUAUGAGUUGGUUAAGGAUGGUGUGGUACGUGAAGUUUCCCGUCGAAUCUACGAUACCGAAGUGAUCAUGAAGGUACAGGAAAGGAAACAAGAACAUCUAGACGCCUUUGUGACUGAGCAUGUUGUGUUUACGAUUAGCCAAGUCGAGAGUGGAUUACGUCGCUCGUCGAAGGCUAUCUCGACCAGGGUUGAGAUGCUGGAAUCGCAUCCUGGCGAUUUCGAAAUAAGCGCGGAGGAUUUUGUCAUUGCUUUUCCUUAUCAUAUCUGCUUUGAUAAGCAGUUAGUCAUCGAACACGUCGGGCAGUAUAUUCGAAAGACUUAUCCAAUGGUCGGUCAACAGGAGACCAAAGUUACUGAUAUUCUCGAACUUGUACAUCCUGAGGGAGAACCGCACCAUCCGCCCGCUAAGGGCACUCUGCGCAAAAGCGGUGUUGGUCUUCCCAACGGUGCCAUGGUUCUCAUUGACGGUGGCAAUUAUAUCCUUUACGUUUCCUCGGUGAACGUGGCAACAAUUCGGGAGUUAAUCGAAAGGAAUCUUCACAUAAGUGAUAUGCAACGUCAUGACGGCACCAGAGAUCUUAUCAUGCUCAAUCAGUGCCGAAUGAGUCAAGUUGAACUCAAUCGCAAAUUGGAGGAAACUACAAAAACUUUAAAAAAGAUGGCGAACGAGUUGGAGAUUGAGAAACAGAAAACUGAUGAACUCCUGUGCGAACUGAUGCCAGCUUCCAUCGCUGACGCUUUGCGACAAGGAAAAACUGUAGAAGCAAGUGAAUUUUCCGACUGUACUUUACUUUUCACGGACAUCGUAACUUUUACGAAUAUUUGUGCUCAAUGCACUCCAUACGACGUGGUCACGCUACUCAACGACUUGUAUUUACGAUUCGAUCGACUAAUAGGACUACACGAAGUGUACAAGGUGGAAACGAUCGGCGAUGCAUAUAUGGUAGUUGGAGGUGUGCCAGAUCCAUGUGAUAAUCACUCAGAGAGAGUGCUAGACGUCUCCAUUGGAUUGCUGAUGGAAUCUAAAUUGGUGCUGUCCCCAAUUUCUUGCAAGCCAAUAAAAAUUCGUCUAGGAGUGCAUUCCGGACCAGUUGUUGCAGGAGUUGUUGGAAUGAAAAUGCCACGUUAUUGCUUGUUCGGAGAUUCUGUGAAUGUGGCGAACAAAAUGGAGGCAUGUGGUGUGCCAGUGAAGAUCCACGUCUCCGAAUCCGCAAGAGUUAAUGCCCUGCGAACAAAUCCGAGCUUCAUUUUCGUAGAUAGGGGAAUGACAGAGAUUAAGGGUAAAGGAUUAAUGUACACGUAUUUUUUGGAGAAGAACGAAAGGAAAAGUGUCUGGGAACUGUGCGCUCGACCUCGGUCUGGUGACCAAACAAUUGACGGAUAUUUGGAACUACAUGAUGCAUCCAUCUACGAAGAUGGCCUUGGGAAUGCAACAAAUGGUAGAGACAGUGGAAAGGUGAGUUGCAUUCAUUUAUACUUCACUCAUAUUUUUAAAGAGCACCUAUUUUCGUUUUUGAAGGGAAACAAAACGAAUCCACGCAACCAUCAUGUUCACUCUCCUACUUGUACCGUAGUAUGA